AGGACUCCUGAGCCCCCAGAGGGGCCCCUGGAUGGGCCUGGGUGGGGCUCGGGGUGGACUGAGGGUCCAGCCCAGGAGGGCAAAGCAGAGGGGAGAGGAGCCAGGGCCAUCCUCACCCUGCUCUUUCCUGCCCCAGGGUCCUACAGACCCGAGUUAGUCUGGAGAAUAUACACCAGGUUUCGUGCUCUCCUCGCUCUGUGUGUGUCCCUGGGGAUCUUCAGCUUGAUCCUGCUCGUGGCAGUGAUUGUUCUCGGUGCGAGACCCCAGUUCCUUGAGCCCGAAUUCUCCCACGUGUGCCCAGACACCUGGCCCGGUUUCCAAGGAAAAUGUUAUUAUUUUUCCGUGGCUGAGGGCAACUGGAGCACGGGCCGGGAAAGGUGUGAGGCCCUGGGAGCUUCACUGGCCUCCAUAAGCACCGGGGAUGAACUGAACUUCCUCCUGCGCCACAAAGGCGAAGCAAACCACUGGAUCGGGCUGGAA